CUCUGAUUCUUCUUCUUCGUCGUCUUCUUGUGUCGACCUAUAAGUACUCUUCUCACUUUCUCUCGAUGGAUGGUACGAUAGGCUCCAAAGGUCUCGUCAAAAAGACCGAGCUCGUUAGGAUAAUCACAGAUGCACUCAUCUCCCUUGGUUUCAACGGCAUUGCUGCCGAUUUAGAGAACCAGUCUGGCGUUAAUCUCCUCGAUCCUACUAUCAAGCACUUUCUCGACCUAGCAGAGCGUAAAGAAUGGCACAACUGCAUUACACUACUACAGGAAGAGGGAUUACAAGUGCGUGAUGAAAAGGAAGAGAUGACGCCUCUCGGUGUUAAAAGGAGGCGCCUUGAAAAGCUUCCCUCCAAAUUUGUGUUUCCAGAUUCUGGUGAAGAGAGGUUCAUUGAGGUUAUGAGGAAACUGCAAAAAGUGUUUCCUCCUGCAGCUAUAGUGCCAGAAGGGAGGUUGGUGCGUCUCUUAGAAGAGUCACUUUAUCAUCAGAUGAGGGACUGUGAUUACCAUAAUGCUCCUGAUACUGAUAUGUCCCUAUGCUUUGAUCAUUGCUGUUGGAAAUCUAAAAUUCCUUCCAAGGCUGUUCAGACAUUGGUGGGACAUACUGAUGAGGUCUGGUUCUUGAAAUUCUCAAAUAAUGGCAAAUACUUGGCUUCUUCUUCUAAGGAUAACACAGCAAUUAUAUGGGAGAUCAAUGCAGAGGGAGGAGAGUUUUCGAUGAAGCAUAAACUUGAGGGACACGAGAAGCCAGUUGUAGAAGUCUCAUGGAGUCCAGAUGAUCAACAAGUCAUCACAUGUGGAGAAAGCGAAGUCAUCAAGCGCUGGGACGUUGGUUCAGGACAGUGUGUUCAAACCUGCGGAAGAGAUGAUGUUGGUUCCAUUUCUUGCGGAUGGCUUCAUGACGGUUCGGGUAUAAUUGGCGCGAUGGCAGACAGGCGGAUCUACUUGUGGAACUUAGAUGGGACUGAGAUAGAGCACGAGCAAGGGCAAAGGGGACAGAAGAUUUCUGAUGUAGCCAUGACGAGUGAUGGGAAGUGGAUUGUAAGCGUGGGAAGGGAGCAGAAUGAGAUCUCAUUGUUUGAUAGAGUGACUAGAGGUGAGACGGUGAUUCAAGUGGAAGGCAUGGUUACCUCGUUCUCGCUUUCGAGAGACGACAAGUAUCUUCUAGUCAAUCUCAUUACGCAGGAGAUCCACGUCUGGAUGAUUGAUGGCAGACGGGAACCACGGAGGGUUUACAAGUUCAGUGGCCACAAGCGUAGUAGGUUUGUUAUCAGGUCUUGCUUUGGUGGCUAUGAUGAAAAUUUCAUCGCCAGUGGGAGUGAGGAUUCUCAGGUAUACAUAUGGCACACAGACUUUGAGAGGGGACCUUGUUGUGUAUUGCCAGGACACGGAGGAGCUGUGAACUGUGUUAGUUGGAACCCCACUGAUAUUCAUAUGUUGGCCUCAGCGAGUGACGAUAGAACUAUCCGGAUUUGGGGACUUGACUUGGAGUGAUGAUGGCUUAGCUGCAAGUUUGAUAUUCAUUAUGUGCAUAGGAUAUAUACCUUUUAAGUGUGUCUCUUGUUUUCAUUUUCACCCUCUUGAUGUUUUUUUGCUUCCCUGGAGUACAAUAGAGAUAAUAGCAGAUGUUUGAUUACUAAUCGUGAGACAC